AUCUGUCUAAAAACAAUGGUGGGGGAAAAAAACAGGCGCUUUCAGGGCUCCUACUUUGGGUCCUCGGAUAAGACAUUGACGCGGAGACUGCCGGGAAACUUUCUUUCCUGCUAGGGCUCUGAGACGACAAACAUGGGCAAGUGUCGUGGACUGCGUACGGCCAGAAAGCUGCGAAACCAUCGUCGCGAGCAGAAAUGGCACGAUAAACAGUACAAGAAGGCUCAUCUGGGCACAGCCCUGAAGGCUAAUCCUUUUGGAGGAGCAUCCCACGCCAAGGGUAUCGUCCUUGAGAAAGUAGGUGUCGAGGCUAAACAGCCCAACUCUGCCAUCAGAAAGUGUGUCAGAGUCCAGCUGAUCAAGAACGGCAAGAAGAUCACUGCCUUCGUCCCCAAUGACGGCUGCUUGAACUUCAUCGAGGAGAACGAUGAAGUGCUGGUGGCAGGAUUUGGUCGUAAGGGCCAUGCCGUUGGUGAUAUCCCCGGUGUGCGUUUCAAGGUGGUGAAAGUGGCCAACGUGUCCCUGCUGGCCCUCUACAAAGGCAAGAAGGAGAGGCCCAGGUCAUAAACUAUGUGAUUGUUCAAGUCAUUAAAGCAUUUUUCAGAUCGGUCAA